GAGGGGGCAGUCAAGGCUCUUUCUGGUUGUCUCAGUGAGUUGAGUGUGUUUCUUACCUGCUCACGUUCAAAGGAGUGCCAGAGAGAGGAGAGCGAGGGAACUAAAGCACUGAGCUGUCCUCACAUCCUUCAACUACUUAUGACCGACACACCCAAAACAACUCAUCAGGAAAUGCAUCGGAAUAUAUAUUUAAUACAUAAUAUUGUUUUAAACCAGGAUGUGAAACCUCAACCAACGGAGUAAGAACUGUUUUUUAAAGGAGACAGUUUCCUUCUACAUCUGCACCAGUGGGAAUGGGAGAAAUCAGCAGAAGGUCUAAAGGUAAGUUUCCGAAUUUACAAGGUUCAAAGUCAUGGGAAUCGCUUCAGCGGUGGAUUUUACUCCUGGCAUCAUUUUGCAGCUAUGAAGCUGUAAAUGACGACUGCAAAUGUGACGACGGUCUUGAUUUCAGGACAUUUAACUUCAGCAAUGCUAGAGAACAAUGUUGCUUAAACUUCACUGGUUCUUCCAUCGGUGUUCUUCACUGGAAUGUCUUCACUGGCCUGACAGGACUGCGGGUCCUCCACCUGUCAAGUUGUAAUAUAUAUGACAUCUUAUCUACGGAUGAAAAUCUGAGCUCCCUGGAAAUCCUAUACCUAGACCACAAUCAUUUAGAGAAACUACCUUCUCACUUCCUAGCAAAUGCACCCAAUCUAAAAGUCCUUCAUCUGGAGGGAAACCAUCUUCAAGAUUUACCAGAGGACAUUUUAGAUGCAUCAGACCAGAUUCAGGAGCUGUACUUGGAUUCUAAUAAUCUGGUUUCUAUUCCUCUCACUGCCUUUAAACCAAACCUUGAAAAAUUGUCUCUUUUCAAUAACACUUUGCAGUGUACUUGUGCCUUGUACGAUUCAGUAGCAAAAUACAAUGCAAGUGUCACUGGGUUGGAAAAUGGGCCCAAGUGCUACACCACGAACCACCCAAAAGGCCUUCACAUCAUAGACAUUCAUCGCUCAGAUAUCUGCAGGUCCCAUGGCCUCACUGCUCUCUUCAUUUGCCUCCCAUUUAUCUUGAUUAUUGCUUUAGUAUUGGGCUGCUUCUGCUGUAGAAGAAGGAGAUCUGCUUUUAAAGCAAUUAGGCAAGAUAAUCACAUUUGUACCGUGGAGAAGUCGGGCUUUGCAAACAUGGAGGACCAUCACUACAUAACAAGCAGGACCCCAGAAUCAACUCCUACCCUCACAGGAUACGAGAACAGCCUGCUGGCCAGAAACCAGCUGAUGUUGCGCCCUUCAGCGGCAUUGUUAGGCAGUAGCCGGGACUUGUACGAGGAGGUGGAGAUAAGGCUCGGUGAUUCUGUUGACUCCAUUGUACUUGCUGACGACAUUUACCUCAAUAUGUCCACUAAUAAAGCGGAAGAAGAUGAUGCCAUCGAGGAAGUCCACGCUCAGCCGGAAUUGGUGAGCGCGGCAGAGGAGCUGCAAGAGGUAGAUCGGCAAAGGCUCUACAUGAAUAAAUCAGCAAAUUACUAUAAUCUAGUUCCUGGUAUUGAAUUGGAUGACUCCGACCAUGGCGAAUAUGAAAAUGUUGACUUGGCUUAACGAAUUUAGGGCCAUUUGUAUAGGAAGCUACACAAAAUAUAGAUCAAAACAUUUGCAACGUGACAAACUACUGCACAAAGGUUGUGAUGGUGGCAGAGGAUCACAUAUAUGCACUGAUGAAGAAGGGAAAUGGGAUACUUGCUGGAAAUGGAAACGCUACUGAGGGUAAAAUGGAGGCUUAUGUUUGGGGUUACGAAACUGGUUUAACGUAAGGAAUGUCAAAGUCAAGCUCCCAGCUCGGUUACAUUUAGAUACCAUCUGCUAUCAGUUUCUGAUGAUGAUAAUCUAAACUCAUUGGGGUAAAUGCAGAGAUUUUUUUUGAAAUAAGAGAUGAGAGAUAAGAUUCAACUUGGUCCCAUGAUGUCAAUUGCGACUAUUUUCUUUUCAAGGACAGUCCUGUAUCAAAAUGAGGGCCAAGUGGGAACUUGUUUUUAACUGUUUUUAAGACAUACUCUUAAUAGUCUAGAAUAUGAAUCUGAAAGCAGAUCACCAGUUUUACUCUACCUACCAGUAAGAAAUAGGUGAGUUUAGCUCAGAUCCUCCAUUUUAUAUUCUAAAUGAAUUAACUUAAUGGAGCAUGAUGUAAAAUGUGCUUCCCGUUAGAUACAACGCCUAAAGGGCCUGUCCCACUUGGGCGUCAUUUCCGCGUCACGCAGGUAGCAGGCGAGGAUGUUGAGAAUCACAAAAUCCUGGGACGCCGCGCGCUUCCAUGUGUCACUGUCUAUGUCACCACGCGUAAUGCACGCCAUGCGCACGUUAUGACGCGCGUGUCGUGCGUCGAGAUGCGUAAAUUAUGUUGCAUAAAUGACGCGCAAAUGAUGCCCAACUGUGGCAGGCCCUUAACUCAUUCAUCGAGUUAGGGUAAAAUCAAAGCUUAAAAGUUUGAUCAGGCUUCUCUUUCUGUGUUGAGCAAUUGAGUAUUAAAUUCAAGUAAUUAGAAUGGAGAAGAGAUUGGUUACCUUGUUGCUGUGCCCAUAUCUGAUCUUUCUCAAUCUUCCCCACUCUACCGGAUGGACAGGGUGCGACAGCCAGCUAUACGGGUUUGUUGAGAUUUUUGCAAUAGUCUCCUGGCAGCUCUUGGAUUUGUUUUGCGUGCUUUGUGAAUAAAUGUUGUAUUUAUAGUGUAUUAAUAUUCAGUAGUUCAUCCAAGUGGCAAUACGAAUGGAUGAACUAUCAGUCAUAUUGGCCAGCAUGGUGCUUAAAGCAGCAGGUAGAUGGGCUUCAAGGCGUUGCGUGUUGUAAUCUUUCCGUAUUCAAAAUCAACAUGAUGGUAACGCACACCUCUCCUACCUAGGCACAAAGUGCUGGAGUGACUCAGUGGGUCAGGCAGCAUCUCUGGAGAAAAAGGGAUGGGUG